AUGCCUGACGGCACCCUGAGAUUCCACUGCAAGGGCAAGGAUCUUUUGCACUUUAUGGGCUGCUCCACCUUUUCUCAGUACACCGUUGUGGCUGACGUUUCCGUUGUCGCUGUCAACGAGAAGGCUGGCUUCGACAAGACCUGUUUGUUGGGCUGUGGUAUCACCACCGGUUACGGAGCUGCCACCAUCACUGCCAAUGUGCAAGAGGGCGACAACGUUGCUGUUUUCGGCGCUGGCUGUGUCGGUUUGUCUGUUGUGCAAGGUGCCAAGGAGAGAAAGGCCAAGCAGAUCAUUGUUGUGGACUUGAACAACAAGAAGAAGGAGUGGGCCGAGAAGUUUGGCGCCACUGCUUUCGUCAACCCUACCGAGUUGAAGGAUGGCCAGACCAUCGUGCAAAAGUUGAUCGAGAUGACCGACGGCGGAUGCGACUACACUUUUGACUGCACCGGUAACGUCAACGUCAUGAGAGACGCUUUGGAAGCAUGCCACAAGGGCUGGGGUACAUCCAUCAUCAUUGGUGUUGCUGCGGCCGGCAAAGAAAUCUCCACCAGACCUUUCCAAUUGGUCACCGGCCGUGUGUGGAAGGGUGCUGCUUUCGGUGGUGUGAAGGGCCGCUCUCAAUUGCCAGGCAUUGUUGACGACUACUUGGAAGGCAAGUUGAAGGUCGACGAGUUCAUCACCCACAGACACCCAUUGGAGAAGAUCAACACUGCGUUUGAGGACAUGCACCACGGUGACUGUAUCAGAGCGGUGAUUGAGUUGUGA